UGUCCAGUUUAGUAUGGAAUUUCAUAGUGAUCGUUUGUUUGGUUAAAAAUUUAGUCACAACAUUUCGUUGGUAAUAAUUUCUUUGUUUAUAUAGUGAUAAUUUAGUAAAUCGUUGUUAUCGAAAAUGAAGAAGGGAUAUAAGGUGACAGACGUUAAAAGAGAGAAAAAAAUCGGCGUUGCCGCGGAAAACUUACAAGAGCUUAUUGAGAAAUCAUGCAGAAAGUUAGGCUUCAAUGUCAGCUGCGCGGAGUGUCGGCUUCACGUCGCGGAGGACGGCACUCUGGUGGAUGACGACGAAUACCUGAAGACCUUGCCGCCGCAGACGCUGUUUAUUUUGUUGCAGAAAAAAGAAAAAAUGGUAACUGACUUUGAUUACUACUACAAUUUGAUUAGAUCAGCAAAGAAGGAUUUCAUUAAUACAGGACGGGCUGCAAAAGAGUUCCUUGAUACAAACUUGCGGGAGAAAUUCAAGGUGUUCCAGAGAUAUAUUACAGCAGCUGACGAUGCUAAGACUAUGGUUAGUGAGAGAAAUCUACAUCCAGAAUGGUUUGAAGGUCUUGAGCCUUCAGAGAAAACAAAAGAGCAAUCCAUGUCAAAGCGAGUCAAAGAAAGAAUGAGGGGUUAUUAUUACAAAACAAAAACAGCUUUACAAUCUUCCGAACUGUAUACACAUUCCAAAAACGGGCACAGUAAGAAACUCAUAGAUCAGUUCCUUUUAGAUCUACGUAAGUUGUUGGAGAGUAGCAAAUAUAAUGAAGGCUAUUUUAACAGAAAGUUUGAGAAAAAGAUGAGACUGUGUGAUGAAACUGGUCUUUUUGAAUGCGGAGGGCUGUGGAAUAACGAAAAGUGUGCUUACGAAAAUGAACAUAUCAUAAACCCAUACAGAAGUCGCGAAGAACGCAUCAUAUUCCAAACAUGGAAUUUGGAUCACAGAAUCGAAUUAUCUAGAGCUAUUAUACCAAAGAUAUUCCAAGCCAUAGACAAAAUAUGCAAUGGUGACGCGACCUGCGUAACUUGUAACAAAGAUUCUCUAUGUUAUAAUAUUGAAACUGAUAGAUAUUAUCUACAAAUAUUUACGCGGGAAAAUUUGAAACUUGUUCACAUUGUUUGCCAUUAUAAGGGGAAACAUGAAGCAGAGUCUGGUGUUUACACCAUCUGCAAUAUGUGUCUUGUGAAAAAAGCUUGUAUCUAAAAACGGAUUAUUUAUGAGAAUCCUACAAUAUAUUUUAUUUAUGUUUAUGGUCAGGAUAAUUAAUAGAAAAUUUAAGUCAUAUUAUUAUAAGUUUUAAAAAAUAGGAAUUAAAACAAACAGAGUAUAUUCGAAAAAUAUGUUAAAUAAUAUGAUUUAUGGUCUACUAGUCAUUAAAAUUUCAUGAAUUACAUUAAUAAAUACGAUCAUUAAGAGCAUUUAUACCUGAUAUAUAUAUAUAUACCACUAUUUAAGUAUAUGAAAAGCUUAAAACUUCUCUUGACUUAACACAGGACAUAAUAAAAUGUUACAGUGAUUUUUUAUAUGUAUUGGGAUCUAAUCUGAAUAUCAGAGCAGAUCAAAAAAUCAAUUAAAUACACACUAUUAUAUUAUAAAUUAUAGUAUACAUAUUUUUAUAAUGUAACUACCAAUGUCUAUAUUUAUUAUUGUUGCAUCUUUUGACGUGACAACGUCUUAUAAAUUGGUUUGCCGGGUGACACUUCAAGAAACUGCGUUACGCUCCGCUCACGUUAUGCGCUCACAAUGAGAGCGAGUGAGAGGCACGCGUCCCUUCCACUCGGGCAUGGUUAGCCCGCCUAAGAGCGAGAGAGACAGACAUAAAAAGUCGUUGUCACGUAAAACUUUCGCCCGUAUACCGACUUUACAGGCAACCAAUUUUUUCAUACACAUAUUGAUUAUUUUUUACUAUUUGAAAGAAUAGUUCAGAAUCGAUUUAAAUCAGAGUUUCGUGUCAUGUAUAGCUAAGGUAAUGGAACAAUAAUAAAAUUAUUGCCCUUUAUUUAAAUUAAGGGCAAUGUCCUUAAUAUAUCAAGUAGCCUUUCUAUGUAGUGAUUAUUUACAUUAUAUUAUUGUUGUAAUUAUUGUCAUUAGAUAAGUUUUCUAUUCCUUAAUUGAUCUCCUGUCCCUUGAGUUAGAAUUAAGAAUUUUGUUACUGGCUUUAGAUAGUUUCAUUUAACUAUGAUUAAAAAAAAAUUAAUCAUAAAAUGUAUACUUAGCCUUUUUUUCUUAAUUUUUUAUUUUGUAUGGUAAGAUAACGCAUCGUUUCAUAUGUUUGAUAAAAUGAAGACAGCAUUAGCAUAAUAAUUUAUAAGUCAUAUACUUCUGUCUAUUCCAUUAUUUUAUUUUCUCAAUUUAUAUUUUCUUAGCGUUAUGUUUUAUAACAGACUAGAGGUCCGCC